UUUCACCAGCUGUUUUGCACCAAGUCGACUCAUUUUGCGUUGCAAAGUGAGCUGUAAUUUUAUUUUGAUUCCAAGUUGAUCCAAUUCCUUAACUAUAUAAAUAUAUGCAUUCAUUUUGUAAAUUCCUAAAAAGGCCCGAUUUGGUUCCCGAGGACUCUGUGAGUGAGUAGCUCUUGUACAACCCAAACUAGCCCAAAGCCCCAAGAGUCGAGCACAGGCCAAUGCGAGUGGGAAGCCGCCAAGUCCGGACACAAACCACUCCGUACAAAACAGCUAUACCAGGCCGAGCAUAAUCAUCAGUGGGAUAAACAUAAACUAUGUCGAAGGCAGUGAACCACAUGAGCAUGGGCGUUGUGGAGCCACAGGAGAGGAUGAAGCACCUGUCGCACUGCGGCAAUCUCAUCGACGUGGACAAGAAUCAGCCUGUGACGCGCUACUACCGCUCGGGCACGGAGAUGCUGCGCAUGGCGAACGUGUACCUGCAGGAGGGCAACCACGAGAACGCCUUCAUCCUGUACUUGCGCUACAUGACCCUAUUCAUCGAGAAGAUUCGCCAGCACCCGGACUAUGCCAACGUCAAGGCCGAGGUGAGGGAUAUCAACAAGCGCAUCAAGGACGAGAUAAUGCCCACAACGGAGAAGUUGCGCGCCAAGCUGUUGGCCCACUACCAAAGCGAGUACGAGCAGUUCCUGGCCAACAAAGAGGCUGAGCGUGUCAAGGAGCUGGAGCGGGAGCGCGAACGGGAGCGGCAGCGUCAGAGGGAGAAGGCCAGUAGGCAGGCGGCGGGCUCCAGCAGUAUACCCUCGCUCAUACCGGCCAAUCUUCACGUGUUGAUUGACGAGGGCAACCAGCCCUCAGCGCCGGAUCUCGACCUGUUGGACCAGGUUGUCUACCCUAACGACUUUCCCACAGGAGCCAAUCGGACCAACCUGCCGGGUUCUGGGCUGCUGCUCCCGACGGCAGACAAGGCCACCGACAAAACAUUCAACUCAAAGCCAAGCUUUGACCGAAACCAGAAGCCGUCGUACAACCGCACGGAUUCCUUGCUUGCCGGUUCAUUGCGCAUCGUCCACGUACCUGGCGACACCAUGGAGGUGUUCCUGCAGUUGGCGAAAGCCAACACCUCCAACAACAUCGAGACGUGCGGAGUGCUCGCUGGUCAUCUGGCCCAGAACCAGCUCUACAUCACGCACAUCAUAACGCCGCAGCAACAGGGCACGCCCGACAGCUGCAACACCAUGCACGAAGAGCAGAUAUUCGAUGUGCAGGAUCAGAUGCAGCUCAUCACGCUCGGCUGGAUCCAUACUCAUCCCAGCCAGACCGCUUUCCUGUCCUCCGUCGACUUGCACACGCACUGUUCCUAUCAAAUGAUGAUGCCGGAGGCCUUGGCCAUUGUGUGUGCGCCAAAAUACAACACCACUGGUUUCUUUAUACUCACGCCCCACUACGGUUUGGACUACAUCGCCCAGUGCCGGCAAUCGGGCUUCCAUCCGCAUCCGAAUGACCCGCCCCUGUUCAUGGAGGCACAGCACAUCCAGAAGGAUGUUCACACGAAGAUUAAGGUCAUCGAUCUGCGCAGAUAGUCGCCCAGCGAGCCAGCAAAGCGAAUUUAGCAAAUGCGUCAGGGGACACUCACCUCAUAGAUCUAACAUCACCAGAAACAGCUCCCAAUUUGAGUUGUCCCGUGGAAUCCCAUGGAAUCCCAAGGGACUAAAGCAAGGAGUAAAACGCAGUCAAACAGUGAUUAACCAUAGACGUUAUAUAGAGAGACAGAGAUACAUAUUUUCGGAAUACAGAGGGGAUAUAUUUUUGCAUGCAGCUGAUCCCAGGAUCAGGGACUUCUAACAUCCAACUAUUUAGAGCACUCGUCGGCAUUUGUUGUUUCAUUUGAUGUACGUACUACCAGCUUUUGCUUUUCGUUUUCUUUUAAGAACCCAAUGUGAUUUACAAUUGUGGCUUACUCUUUUGUUCGUUACUAUCUAUAAUAAUUAAUGUGUUGGUUAGGCCUUUGGCAGGAGAUCCGAUCCCCAUCUACUCUAUGCGGCUUUCAGAUCAACCCAUUGUGGAUGCUUCUCGUGAGUUUCUGACUAUGACUAACUAUCCGCAAUAACCUGUUGAUAAAAUAAGAAUCAUCAUAAAAUGCUAUACCUUUUAAU